CGGACAGUGAGACGAUCAGACCUCCAGACAACCGUCAAGCACAAUGGAGGAAUCAACCGGCAGAUCAACCAAGAAAAAAGUUGUAGCAGUGGUGGGCGGUGGUUUGGUUGGGGCCCUGAAUGCCUGCUUUUUUGCCAAAAGAGGCUUUGAUGUGCAAGUGUUUGAAAUUCGGGAAGAUAUCCGACGAGCCAAAAUUGUGAAGGGGAGAAGCAUCAACCUGGCUUUGUCUCACAGGGGCCGACAAGCUCUGAAGCAUGUUGGAAUGGAAGAUAAGAUUGUCUCCCAGGGAAUCCCCAUGAAUGCGAGAAUGAUCCAUUCCCUGAGUGGGAAACAGUCCCCGAUCCCUUAUGGCAAGAAAGGCCAGUACAUCCUCUCAGUAGACCGAGCAAAUCUAAACAAAGAGCUGCUAACAGAGGCAGAGAAAUAUCCAAACACAAAGUUAAACUUUGACCACAAAUUGCAGGACUGGUCUGCUGAAACAGGGCUAAUGACCUUUGUCAGGUCAGAUGGGUCCGAGGAGCAGAUCCAGGCAGACCUGAUUGUAGGCUGUGAUGGAGCUUUCUCUGCCAUCCGCAAGCAAUUCCUUCGUCGCAGCCGCUUCAACUACAGCCAGACCUACAUCCCCCACGGCUACAUGGAGCUCACCAUGCCACCCAUCAACGGAGAGUUUGCCAUGAAGCCUAAUUAUCUGCACAUCUGGCCACGAAACACAUUCAUGAUGAUCGCCCUGCCCAACUUGGACAAGACAUUUACUUGCACCCUCUUCAUGCCCUUUGAGGAGUUUGAGAAGAUCACCACAGGAGAUGAAGUCAUCCAGUUUUUCCAGAAAUACUUCCCUGAUGCCAUACCACUAAUAGGAGUUGAUGCUCUCAAGAGGGAUUAUUUCCGAUUGCCUGGGCAGGCCAUGGUGUCUGUCAAGUGCACCCCAUAUCACAUUGGCGACAAGUGUGUCCUUAUGGGCGACGCAGCCCAUGCAGUGGUGCCUUUCUAUGGGCAGGGGAUGAAUGCUGGCUUUGAGGACUGCAUUGUCUUUGACGAAAUAAUGGAGCAGUUCAGUGAGGAUUUCAGUGCUGUACUGCCUGAGUAUACCAGAGUGCGAGUUCCAGAUGACCACGCAAUUGCAGACCUGGCCAUGUACAACUACAUUGAAAUGAGAGCCCAUGUCAACUCCAGAUGGUUCCUUUUCAGAAAAUAUCUUGAUAACUUCCUCCACUUCCUCAUGCCAAGGACAAUAAUUCCACUUUACACUAUGGUCACUUUCACCAGGACAAGGUACCAUGUAGCUGUGGAGCGCUGGCACUGGCAAGACAAAGUGAUAAACCGAGGCUUGCUGUUCUGUGCCACAGGAGCUGUUUUAGGAGGCUCCUACCUGCUCAUUAAAAAUCCUCCUGAUAUCAACAAGCUCAUCAUCCCUGCUGAGAAAAUGUGGGACAGGCUUGCGGCUCUCAGGACCCCCUGAGCACUUUCUCUGUCUCUGAUCUGACAGACAAGGUCCAAAAACCGCAGCAUCAAACACUAGAAUGAACUGACAGGGUCCACAUUUUAAUUAGAGCCUGACUGAAUCCUCUAAUGAACACUAUGAAGGCUCUGCCAGGCAAAUUAAUGUACUGUAUUAAUGAUUGUCCUAACUUAUACCAGUCAUAAUGAUUUAUAAUAAGGUUUUCUAACAUUUCAACAGUGUUUAACGAUAAUGGUUUGACUAAAAUUUGAUUUUUUUCAGUCUUUAGAUUUGAUUAUUUUCAUGCCAUCAUCAUUUGCACAAUUUGUAAUGUGAAAACAAAUGUCAGUAUUAAACUCACAGACAGGGGCUAGUGUACAUCCUGUAUGAGUUUAUAUAGAAACUUAUGCAUGAAUAAA